GUUCAAGUAUUGAUUUUUUGGUGAACGGACGCACAAGAACAAACAAAACCUAUUCAAAAUGUGUGACGAUGAUGUUGCUGCUCUAGUUGUCGACAAUGGCUCCGGUAUGUGCAAAGCCGGUUUCGCUGGAGAUGAUGCUCCACGCGCUGUCUUCCCAUCCAUUGUCGGUCGUCCACGUCACCAAGGUGUCAUGGUCGGUAUGGGACAAAAGGACUCAUAUGUCGGUGAUGAAGCCCAAUCCAAGAGAGGUAUCUUGACCCUCAAGUACCCCAUUGAACACGGUAUCAUCACUAACUGGGAUGAUAUGGAAAAGAUCUGGCAUCACACUUUCUACAAUGAAUUGCGUGUUGCCCCAGAAGAGCACCCAGUCUUGUUGACUGAAGCCCCAUUGAACCCCAAAGCCAACCGUGAAAAGAUGACACAAAUCAUGUUUGAAACCUUCAACUCCCCCGCCAUGUAUGUUGCCAUCCAAGCUGUCUUGUCUUUGUAUGCCUCUGGUCGUACCACCGGUAUCGUCUUGGAUUCCGGAGAUGGUGUUUCCCACACUGUCCCAAUCUACGAAGGUUAUGCCUUGCCCCAUGCCAUCCUCCGUUUGGACUUGGCUGGUCGCGAUUUGACCGACUACUUGAUGAAGAUCUUGACUGAACGCGGUUAUUCCUUCACCACCACCGCUGAACGUGAAAUCGUUCGUGACAUCAAGGAAAAAUUGUGCUAUGUCGCCUUGGACUUCGAACAAGAAAUGGCCACCGCCGCUGCCUCUACCUCAUUGGAGAAAUCCUAUGAAUUGCCCGACGGUCAAGUCAUCACCAUCGGAAACGAACGCUUCCGUUGCCCCGAAGCCCUCUUCCAACCCUCAUUCUUGGGUAUGGAAUCCUGCGGUAUCCACGAAACCGUCUACAACUCCAUCAUGAAGUGCGACGUCGAUAUCAGAAAGGACUUGUAUGCCAACACUGUCAUGUCUGGCGGUACCACCAUGUACCCCGGUAUUGCUGAUCGCAUGCAAAAGGAAAUCACCGCCCUUGCUCCAUCUACCAUCAAGAUCAAGAUCAUCGCUCCCCCAGAACGUAAAUACUCCGUCUGGAUCGGUGGAUCUAUCUUGGCUUCCCUCUCCACUUUCCAACAAAUGUGGAUCUCAAAGGAAGAAUACGACGAAUCUGGCCCAGGCAUUGUUCACCGCAAAUGCUUCUAAAUUCAUUGAACAACUUAAUUUCAUUAUUUCUAAUUUUCUUAUCAUCCAUUUUAUUUUCAAUCUUUGUGUUUUUUUGAAAAUAUCAAACGUCUUUUUUGUACAAUGACAUCCAACAUCCACGAAAAAGAAAACAACAACAACAACAACACCAAAGAUCAACCGCAGCAUGAAUAACAAACACACGCAUCCAACCAUCAAAAACACUUUUUUAGAUACGGAUAAGUGCAAAAAUACCUAUUUUGUUAAUAUAUAAAUUAUAUUUAUACAAAUAAAUAAAUAAAUUAUUAUAUAAUUAUCUUUAUAAUAAAACCAGUUGCAACAUUA